AACAUUUCACAUCAUGGGGCCUAUCCUCUGGCCUUCCUGAGCUUAUCUACAAAGUUGCUAAAAAAAAUGUGAAUUAUUAUUAGGUACAAAGAAAGGUUCAAUAUAAUAAUGAAUAUAAUAUGUUUCACCAGUUACAGUGGACACUGGGCACAGUGGAGCAGUGUAUAUAACAAGCUUUUUAGGCAACUCCACCGAUUAAAAGAUAAGAGAAAAACAUUUAGUUUGUUUUAGUUUAGCUGUCUUCUUCAUUCGGAGUGUGGCUUUUUGCCCUUUUCUUCUCGAGGGUCUUCGGCUGAUUUUGGGAUUCAAGUUUCCAAAAAGCUGGUAAAAAUUUGUACUUUCCACUGUUCUUUGAUUUAAUUCUUUCUGGACGGUUGUGGUUUAAGCUUGUAAUUCUCCUGUCCUUUUUUCUGUGUGAGCUUAUUGCUUUGUUUUGAUCCUAGUCAAUGUUGUUUCUUUCGGUAUUUGUGGGGUUUUUGAGGGUCUUUCAGGUGGGAAAAUAGUCUGUAGCUCGAUUCACUUGUCAAAGAUUGCGAAUUUUUAAUUGGUUUCUUGUACCCUUUUCGAAGCUCAAGUUUUUCCCUAUUUUUCCUUGCUUGCAUUCGGAAGAGGGAGAGGUAAAGUUCGUAAUUUUAUGAGUGUUUUUGUUUCUUGUGCUUUAGGAGGGUACUUAGUUCCUUGUAGAUUUCCAUUUAUGUAUAAAUUUUGGGACAGAGAAUUAAGGUAUUGCUUUGAUAUUUGGCUUAGUUAGUCAGUGUGGUAGAAAAGUGAAAGAGGGUACAUAAAAAUGGUCUCGAGGUCAUAUUCAAACCUGUUGGAGCUGGCUUCCGGGGAAGCACCGGCACCAUCUUUUGGUACCAUGAGCCGGAGAAUCCCUCGUAUCAUGACAGUUGCAGGCAUUAUGUCUGAUCUGGAUGACGAUGCUUCCGAUAGUGUAUGUUCUGAUCCAUCAUCAUCCUCAGCUCAGAAAGAUAGGAUUAUUAUAGUGGCCAACCAGCUACCUAUAAGGGCUCAAAGAAGAAAUGAUGGUAGUAAGGGGUGGACUUUCAAUUGGGAUGAUAACUCGCUCCUCCUCCAAUUGAAAGAUGGACUUGGAGAUGAUGAUCUUGAAGUUAUAUACGUGGGCUGUCUCAAGGAAGACAUUCACCCAAAUGAACAGGAUGAGGUGUCACAGAUUCUCCUUGAGACGUUCAAGUGUGUUCCCACUUUUAUACCGCCUGAUCUGUUUAGUAGAUACUAUCAUGGAUUCUGUAAGCAGCAGCUCUGGCCAUUGUUCCACUAUAUGUUACCUUUAUCCCCAGAUCUUGGUGGCAGGUUCAAUCGUUCAUUAUGGCAGGCUUAUGUUUCAGUAAAUAAGAUUUUUGCUGAUAGAAUCAUGGAGGUGAUUAAUCCUGAAGAUGAUUUUGUUUGGGUCCAUGAUUAUCAUCUCAUGGUGUUGCCUUCCUUUCUGAGGAAGAGGUUCAACAGAGUUAAACUGGGGUUCUUUCUUCAUAGCCCAUUUCCGUCGUCUGAGAUAUAUAAAACCUUGCCUAUAAGGGAAGAGCUUUUACGAGCUCUUUUGAACUCUGAUUUGAUUGGGUUUCACACUUUUGAUUAUGCAAGGCAUUUCCUCUCUUGUUGCAGUCGAAUGCUAGGACUAUCCUAUGAGUCCAAAAGGGGCUACAUUAGCCUCGAGUAUUAUGGGAGAACUGUAAGUAUCAAAAUCCUCCCGGUCGGUAUUCAUUUGGCACAGCUUGAGUCUGUCUUGAGCUUACCAGAGACGGAGGCUAAAGUUGCAGAGCUGAUUAAACAGUUUCGAGCCAAAGGGAGGACAAUGUUGCUUGGGGUUGAUGACAUGGAUAUAUUUAAAGGCAUCAGUUUGAAGUUGUUGGCAAUGGAGCAGCUGUUGCUGCAACACCCUGAGAAGCAAGGCAAGGUUGUUCUGGUGCAAAUAGCCAAUCCAGCAAGGGGUAUAGGGAAAGAUGUGAAGGAAGUGCAGGAAGAAACAUACUCCACUGUUAAAAGAAUAAAUGAAACAUUUGGGCUGCCAGGGUAUCAACCGGUGAUCUUGAUUGACCAACCUUUGAAGUUUUAUGAAAGAGUUGCUUAUUAUGUUGUAGCCGAGUGUUGUCUGGUCACAGCAGUUAGAGAUGGAAUGAAUCUCAUACCAUAUGAGUACGUUAUCAGUCGACAAGGGAAUGAGAAACUCGAUAAAGUAUUGGGUUUCAGUCCUUCAUCCUUGAAGAAAAGCAUGCUAGUCGUUUCCGAGUUCAUCGGUUGUUCCCCUUCCCUCAGUGGAGCAAUCAGAGUUAAUCCUUGGAAUAUUGAUGCUGUGGCUGAUGCAAUGGACUCUGCCCUUGUGAUGGCUGAGCCAGAAAAGCAAAUGAGGCACGAGAAACAUUAUAAGUAUGUCAGCACUCAUCAUGUAGGAUACUGGGCACGCAGUUUUCUGCAGGAUUUGGAUAGAACAUGCAAGGAUCAUGUAAGAUGUAGAUGCUGGGGUAUUGGAUUUGGCUUGAGUUUCAGGGUGGUGGCGCUAGAUCCAAAUUUCAGGAAAUUGGCAGUGGAACACAUUGUUUCAGCUUACAAAAGGACGAAAAUUAGAGUUAUCCUUCUGGAUUAUGAUGGCACUUUGAUGCCGCAGAAUUCGAUCGACAAGAAGCCUAGCACCAAAACCUUAGACAUCUUAAAUGCACUAUGCAGAGACAAAAACAACACAGUAUUUGUUGUCAGUGCUAGAAGUCGAAACAAGCUAGAAGAAUGGUUUUCUUCUUGCGAGAAGCUUGGACUUGCUGCAGAGCACGGUCAUUUUGUAAGGUUGAUGCGAGAUGAUGAAUGGGAAACAUGUGUACCACCAGUGGAAUGUGGUUGGAAGCAGAUUGCCGAACCUGUCAUGCAACUUUACACCGAAACAACUGAUGGAUCUGUAAUUGAAAUGAAGGAAACUGCAAUGGUGUGGUCUUAUGAGGAUGCAGAUCCUGAUUUUGGAUCAUGUCAAGCAAAAGAACUGCUGGACCAUCUUGAAAGUGUUCUCGCCAAUGAGCCUGUUACAGUCAAGAGUGGUCAGAACAUUGUUGAAGUUAAGCCACAGGUAACUGAAAUUUAUGUUCUAUAGUUGUGAUAGGAAAUUUUAAUUUCUUAUGUCAUACAAACCCUGGCUGGCACUGGCUGUGAGAUCUGUUAUAGAAGUUUUACAUAUCUACAAGAUGGCCGCUGGGUUUUCUUUUUCCCCUUCUAGUGGUCUGGAAUUUGAACCCUAUGUUUGCUUAAUGUUUCUAUCAUUCCUGUUUGCAGGGUGUAAGUAAGGGACUUGUGGCGAAGAGGCUACUCUCUUCCUUGGAGGAUAGAGGAAUUUCUCCAGAUUUCAUCCUCUGUAUUGGAGAUGACAGAUCUGAUGAAGAUAUGUUUGAGGUCAUUACAAACUCUAUGGCCGGAACAUCCAUUGCUCCUACUGCAGAAGUUUUUGCAUGUACUGUGGGCCGAAAACCCAGCAAGGCUAAAUAUUACCUUGAUGAUACGGCUGAAAUCGUCAGAUUAAUGCAGGGUUUGGCCUCUGUUGCAGAACAGAUGGUACCUCUGUAAGGUUCUUGGAGAGACAAUUGAGGAUGCAAAAUGUAGUAGUAAAAACUCAAUGAUCUGAAACUCACUCAUCCUUUUUUUUUUCUCUUAGCUGUGUAAAUUUCUCUUAGAGAAGCCUUCAAAAAACGUACCUUUUCUGUGGUUUGUGUAUUUUAUAUUUAGUUUUUCUACAUCAGCCGGUGUUUGAGCACCAUAUCGGAAUCUAUGCAAAUAGACGGGAAAAAAAAUGCUUUUCAGUUACAAUGUUAUAGUUUUCAGUUA